GUUUGGCCAGUGAAUAAUCAUGCGGAUUGCGUGAUAGCCGAGGAUUACUCAGAUAAUCUACGCCGAUGUUGAGUCGAUAAUUGCUCUCCUCUUUUCCUGGGCUACUCCCAAGAUUCCCAAUCGCACAGCAACGGUUUAGUCUGCAUACAACACCGCUAAGGGAUUCCACUCGCUCUGCAUUGUCGAUCACACCAUGGCGAUUCGCCCAAGUAAAAAUGACCCAAUUGUGAUUGUGGGUGCUGGCAUUUUUGGCCUCAGCACUGCCCUUCACCUCACUCGACGCGGCUAUCAAGACGUGACCGUCUUUGAUCGUCAAGACUAUGACACAGGCUUGUAUUCUUACCACAAGGGAUGUGACGCGGCUUCAGCGGAUUUGAACAAGAUCAUCCGUUCGGCCUACGGUACUCAGACGGAAUACCAAGAACUCUCCUUCGAAGCCAUUGAGCAUUGGCAGGCUUGGAACCAAGAGAUAUCCAAUGGCAAUGUGCCGCCGGGAAUGAGCUCUGCCGACAAGGUCUUCUACAACUCUGGCGCAAUCUCUUACAACUCUGGAGAGGCAUUACCUCCAUUUGAGCAAGCCACCAUCGAGGCCAUGACCAAACUUGGACACGGAGAUACUCAACUUGUCACGACCGACCCGAAACAAGCCGUCACUGCGCAAGAUCUGGGGUUCAAUGUUGACCAGUUCAAAGCCGCAACGCGCGGUAAGCCCAUUGUUGGAGUUCUCGACACCAGCGGCGGGUUUGCAGUUGCCGACAAGGCAUGUCGCGUCGCCCUUCACAAGGCGCGAGGGUAUGGAGCCAAGUUUGUCUUUGGGCCAACUGCCGGUGCCUUUGACACUCUCAUCCACGCUGGCAAGGACGUUGUCGGUAUUCGCACCAAGGAUGGCAAAAUUCAUCCCGCCAAGCAAACCAUCAUGGCAUGCGGCGCUUAUACUCCCGUUCUGGUCCCGGAGCUAGAUGGUCUCGCCGAGGCCACAGCAGGAUCCGUUGCCGUCUUCCAGAUUCCAAAGACCUCGGAGCUAUUCACGCGAUUGUCCCCCGAAAACUUCCCUAUUUGGAUGUUCAACAUGCGAAGCGGUCAGGAUGGGGGCCUCUAUGGCUUUCCAGUCGAUCCCCAUGGAUUCUUCAAGAUCGGAUACAGAGGCACAAAGUACACCAAUCCUCAAGUGCAGCCUGAUGGCAAGGAGCGCAGUGUCCCCAUCACGCGAUAUACGAAGGGCGAAAAGAUUACGCAAAUCCCGACGAAAGCCAUGAAUACUAUUGCGUUAUUUGUGGCAGACUAUCUUCCCGAAAUUUUCGAUGAAGGCCUCGACGUUGCCUUCACGAGAGUAUGCUGGUAUACCGAUACUUUUGACAACCAUUUCGUCAUCGACCAAGUUCCGCAACAACCCGGCCUCAUGGUCGCCACGGGAGGCAGCGGUCAUGCCUUCAAGUAUCUGCCCAACAUCGGCAAUUGGGUUACUGAUAUCAUCGAAGGCGUCGGCCCCGAUAGACCAGCCAUCAAGGCGUGGAGAUGGCGAAAACAAGGAGACACCAAGCCGGUGAAUGUGCUUAUGGAAGGCAAGAAAGGCGCAAGGGCUCUCCAGAAUGUGACGUUGAUGAGCCAGAUAAACGGAAGAAGCUCAAAGAGGAGUUCUUCGCUGUAGUUUGGACAUGAGCGGAACGAGAG